GAUGAGACAUUAUUAUUCCGUGGCUUAACGUGGGGUAAACCAACGAGUCGUAUUCCUGGUAUGAACGGCCGUUGGAUAUCAGAUAGGAACGGUCAUGUUGCGAUGAAAGAUCUUACCGAGUUGAGACAAUACGAAGCUGUUGUGCAUCACUCUAUUUGA